AGAUACAGAGGACAAUAUCAGAAGGGGCCGGGCCAUGUCAAGGGCGAUCGUGGAUCAGUGGAGAAUGCACCUGGAAGAUACAGAGGACAAUAUCAGAAGGGGCCGGGCCAUAUUAAGGGCGAUCGUGGAUCAGGAGAGAAAGCACCUGGAAGAUACAGAGGACAAUACCAGAAGGGGCCGGGCCAUGUUAAGGGUGAUCGUGGAUCAGGGGAGAAUGCACCUGCCAGAUACAGAGGGCAUUAUCAGAAGGGGCCGGGCCAUGUCAAAGGUGAUCUUGGAUCCAGACCGAAUAGAUACAGAGGACACUAUCAAAAAGGACCGGGCCAAAGAAUGAAUGCUAGUGUUCAUAAUAUGACAAACGAACAGCAAAGGAGAGAAUGGACGCAAAGAUUCUGGGGUUCGUUUGAUAACCAUAUUCAACGUGGUCGUGGAACACCACAAGACAGAGKACACUAUCAAAAAGGCCCGGGYCAUUACAAGGGUGACCKUGCGUCCAGACCAAAAGGACCAGRCAGAUAUAGAGGACAUUACCAGAAAGGACCMGGACAUGACAAGGGUGAUCGUKCAUCCAGAYCAAAAGGACCAGGCAGAUAUASAGGACACUACCAGAAAGGACCGGGACAUGAUAAGGGCGAGGAUAGAACCACUAGUUCGCCAACUAUUGAGUUACAAUCAAGCACUGCUUCAAGUCUCUUUGAAAACCAAAGUACUSCAACGACCAGCCUUGGUACGGAGCACAACGUCCAACAGACGAUGCAAAGCACGACAGCUAGUUACACUGGCACGCAAACAACUGAUGCAAAAGUUACAACAAACGUUGUAACUGAUUCAGAUGUGAAAUCAAGUGGUAGAGUUGAAGAGACAACGACAAGAGUUCCUCCUACCAGAGUACAUGGCAAUCUUUAGUCAUGAACAAAUGUAUGCAAUCCAUAUGGCAAAAUGUAAUCGAUUCAAAUACAUGUAUUCUUGAAUAAAGCAGUAAGUGGAAAAUGUU